CUCAAAGCCAAUCCCUUCAAAACAUCCAGGUGCUACAGAGUCAGUAACAUUGUCACAAGGCCUGCAGGGACACACACUCUUCCCAGGAAGGACAUUUCUCUUUUACCCUGCUCCUCGUGUCCAAGACCAUCAAGAAGUUCAUCCUACCUGCUCUUCUGAGGAGCUUCUUCAUCUCCCUCAGCUUCCUCCAUCCCCUGCUCCACCUCGAAGGCAGCAGUUAUGAACUGGUCUGCGUUGGAGGCCCUCAUCAGCGGGGUCAACAAAUACUCCACCGUGUUCGGCCGUGUCUGGCUCUCCGUGGUCUUUGUCUUCAGGGUGAUGGUGUACGUGGUGGCGGCUCAGCGAGUGUGGGGUGACGAGAACAAGGACUUUGUCUGCAACACGGCCCAACCGGGCUGCACCAACGUGUGCUACGACCACUUCUUCCCCAUCUCCCACAUCCGCCUGUGGGCCCUGCAGCUCAUCUUCGUCACAUGCCCGUCCCUGAUGGUUGUUGGGCACGUCAAGUAUCGCGAGAAGAAGGACGUGCAGUACACCCACUCGCACAAAGGCAUGCAUCUGUACGCCAACCCUGGGAAGAAACGUGGGGGACUGUGGUGGACGUACGUGGUCAGUCUGAUUUUCAAGGCAGGCUUUGACACUGGCUUCCUCUACAUCCUGUACUACGUCUACGAAGGCUACGACAUGCCCCGCCUGUCCAAGUGCUCCCUGGAGCCGUGCCCCAACACGGUGGACUGCUACACAUCCCGUCCCACUGAGAAGAAGAUUUUCACAAUCUUCAUGGUUGUCUCCUCUGCUUUGUGCAUCCUGAUGUGCAUCUGUGAGAUGGUUUACCUCAUCUGCAAACGCGUCCAAAAACUCAUUAAGAAAAAACACAUGGCAAACAAGAGGAUGUUCGUAGAGAAUCACGAAUUGACGCCACUGGCAAAGCCCAGGUCAGAGUUUAUGUCCAAGAGUUCAAUCAGAGUGGAUCCUACAGCCUCCGUCCAAAACCUCACUAACAUGAAGUCUGAAGAAGAGACGUCUAAGAAAAUGUAAGGUGCUUUCAUACCUGCCAACCCUACCGAUUUGGGCGGUAGUCUACCACUUUUGACAUGUUUCUACCGCCUACCGAUUUAGCUGGCUUUCCCUACCGAUUUUCAAUCUUCCCAAACUAUAGCAAAUACAAAUGACACUCCAUAGACACUGGACUCGACUUUUGGCGGACACCGUUUGCAGCGUGUCUGUGAUCGCAUCAUACAAACAGGCCUCUGUGUUUCUGAAAGAGAAACAACGUGCAGACCGGGGGUAACGCUGCGGGAAAGGCAGCGUUACCCCCGACGAGGCAUUUGAGUCCUGCAGGAUUACCCUGUUAAUAUCAGUGUCUCGAAAACACAUGUUGGCGACUGAAAGACAUCCAAGCCUCAUCCCAAUACCCCUCCUCGACUCCUCCUUUCACUCACUCGCUUCCCUUCCUUGCGUCUUAGCUCCGCCUCCGUAAGAUGCGAGCGAGAGACACGAGGAGGUGACGCGAGGACAGAGGAGUCCUCAGGUCUUAAUUGGGAUGGCCUCGAUCACUCAAACGUCACUCUUAAACGACGUCUGUUAAUGAUGGCAUGUGCACAGCUGUAUCCCCUCUCAUCGGGCUUAACUGAAUAACCCUUUAGAACCGGCCCAUUUGUUGUUAAAUAUUUAUUUAAAUGAAUGAAUCUUUCUCUUGUUAGUCAAGGAAUUCAAUGUAUGAUGGUUGGUCCUGCUUUUGUGUUCCGUUUUGUUGUAAAA